AAUGUCAAUGUCAAAAAUUUCGGGAAACCCGAAACCCGACAAACUGUGCUUUUUCUAAUUUAUUUUAAUUUUAUAGUGGAAGAACUUUUCAUAGUCCAUUAAUUCGCUUCAUUUACAGACCUACGGUGUUACAGUACAGACAAUCAUGUGUAAAAUAUACUCUUUGAGAUUUACUUAAGUUUACAUGUGUUUUAAACUUUGCUACAAUAUCAAAUGAUAAAAAAUAUUUUUAAACUUUUUACAAACAAGAUGCAUAGUGUUUUUGUGAUUCUGUAUUUAAUAACGCUACCAAAGGUAUUUGAGGCUAAGGUCGCCGAUUCAGAUCUAAAUGAAGUGUCGGAACGACAAUACGCAGUGAAGAUAAAUAAAUGUUGCGAGCAUAACGAACUAAUGGUCGACUCGAUCUGCAGAUUGGUUAACAACUAUAAUCAAAGUGUAUGGGUGCCUCAAUUCAAGACUGAAGAUGGAAAAGAUUCAAAGGUGAAAUUUUAUAAUUACACAUAUGGUUUGCCAGAUUGUGAAGCAACUCAGUGGAGAUCUAUAUUAGAUUUUGGAAAAUCAGAGGAUGAAUUAAACCUAUUAACCGAUGGCCGCUUAAGACAUCUCAUCCACCAUGAACAUAGCACUGACAGUAUGAAAGAGGAGCCACAGCCUUCUAAUCCUUUUAGUUUACAUGAAAAUAUUCCUAUACCAGAGGAGAAGGAACCAGCAUCAUACAUUCAUGUGCAGAAUAAAUAUUGCAUGGACAAGAUUCUCAUUACUAACACAAGCAUGGUAGGAAUCUAUGCCCAAGUGUGUAUACCAGAAGUGAAGGCAAAUUGGAAAGAUUUUAAUUUUCUCAUGAAGAAAGUACUCAACCCCAUAUUCCAUGCUAUUGCGAUGGUCUUGUUCCUUAUUGUGGCCAUAAUAUAUUUUGUUUUGCCAACCUUACGAGAUUUACCAGGAAAUAUUAUUACCACAAUAAAUGUGUGUUUGAUAGUGAGUCAAGCAGCUGACUUAGUAAGAAUUUUCACUGAAUUUAGUAACCAUAUCAGCUUUAUGAUAACUGACAUCAUUCUGUACAUCAGCCUAUUGGCGGCUUUCUUUUGGCUAAACAGUUUCGGUUUUUACAUUUGGAAAACUUUUAACAAUGUCAAUUUUAGAUCUAGGAAUGUGUUUCUCCGAGUGACUGACGUGCGCAAAUACUGUUACUACUCGUGCGUGGUGUGGUGCUGCGUCACCGUCAUGGCAGCUAUGGCAAUUUGUGCUCACUUCCUCUUGGAUAUGGGCACUAAUCCUUACAGAAAGACACGGAGACAGUUUUCUUCAUCUGUUUUUGUUGAUGAUGCCGAACAAGAGACAAUCGGAUUACUUGGCGUUGCGAUAUUUUUCACACCAGUUGCAUUUACCAUAAUUUUCAAUUUGUUUUUCUAUAUAACGACAUUGAAGAUUAUAAAAAGGAUAAAUAUUUACGGAAGAAUACAUCAUAAACUGAAAGGAUGUUUUAACCUAUUUCUUCAGUUGUUCAUAAUAAUGACGCUGGCAUGGUUAUUCCUACUGAUGUCGUGGCUCAAGUUUGAUGAAUUGGUUUACACUCAUAUAUUUGUAAACCUUCUUCAAGCCAUUUUAAUAUUCUACGUGUGCGUCAUCCGCCAAUCGCACGUCACUGAUUUAUUGCGCAAGAGUUGUUAUGCGGAAGCGGUGCCCACAGGUGAAUGGGGCGACGAAAUGACUCAUAUGAACGGUGGUAAUUACUAAUCUCGAUUUUAAAUAACGAAAUCGAAUAUACCAGUCACAUGUGUGGUACGAAUAGAACAAAGAUUAGAAUCAUAGGUGCACAUUGACAGCUAUAAAGUAAGUGAGUUUUAGUAUAUGUGGCAAUAAGUAAUUGGUUACAUAGUAACAUUUUCCAUUGACAAUGUUCUGUGUAACAUAAACUUCUAAAGUCAAAGCAAAGCCUAUGGCAACAAUGUAUAGUAAACAUUUUAGAUACAACCUAAAAUAAUAUGGCAUAGCCUGUAAAUGAUACCUUUAACAAAAUAUUUAUAGUUUAUACUUAUUGUGCUUCAGUGCAUUAAUGAUGGAAUGACUUCGGGGAUAUAAUUUUAUUGCAUUUCUUAUUUAAGCAACAUAUAUCAUUAUUUAUGCUGAUUUGAAACCAUGAUUUACAUUCCACCAAGGAAACUAUCAUAUCAAUUUAAAUGGUAAAUUUUUAUAAUGUAUCUAAUGCAUUGGUGAAAUAAAUCUCAUAUUGUAAUCUCCAGUGGUGUGUUGGAGUUAGAUAUCAUAUAAUGUGUAUUCUAGUGAAAAUGUAGAUUAGAUUUUUUGCGUAUUGAUGUAGGUGGUGCCUUUGCUCCAUUUUUUAUUUCAACGUUUUCUAAUUUUACAAGUUUACAAACUAAAGUGCCUUCAAAUUGCCUCAAGGUAUUAGAACUAACUGGAAGUUAAACAAAAAAUAAUAUGUUAAGCGAUAACAGCAAAACGAAACGUGAUUUAUGAAUUAGAAUGCUCAUAUUGGAUACUUAAUUUUGAUAUAAAAUGAAAUUAGUAAUAAAAAAUCACUUUUUAAUAUUAACAACAAAAUAUUUACUAACAUUUGUAUAAGUGAAAUAUUCCCAUUAAAAUUGAUAACACUUGACAACGACGAGCAAGAUUAUUUAACUCGUCAGUUAGUUCAUAAAAAAAUAAAAUAAGACUGUAUACUAUUGUGUUAUAUUCUGUAAAUGCGCCUAAUUGCCGUCCUUGCUACAAGUGUAUAUUGCAGCUUGUAGGUAGUGGUUAGUGAUUUUGCGUUUUGCUCUCUGCACUAUCACAUUUGUGGAAACAUUAACUAUAAGAUAGAUGUUAAUAUACACGAAAUAUUCUAAGAGUAUUCCUUUAUAAUCUCAGUUUGCAGGUUAAGCAUUUAUUUUUCUUACUUUUUAGUGGAUUUAUUUUCAAUAAAGAUAUUGUAAAAUAC